UUUUGGUUGUUACUGCUGCACUUUGUUUCCACGUCUGUGUUUGCAUUUUGCUCCUUAUCCCGCACGUACCGCACGUUUUGCACGAUGUAUGCCACUGUUGCUUUGGUUUAUCAUCAAGCUCACGACGAUCUCCACAGGUUUAGGACUUCCCAGGCCCCUGUCUCCCAAAAGUCUCUUCCUGUCCCUGAUCCUCGCCCCAGUGUCUUCACGAUCCCCGUCAACCCCCGCUUAACGCAGCCCGACCCCCAGACCUCCCUCCUCGCCCCUGCCUCUAGAGCCAGUCCUCAAGUUGUGGUGAAAGAUCUUGGUGAAGAAGAAUCCAAGCAGCCCCAGUCGUGCUCGGCCGUCCUUGUGUCCUGUUUGAAAUAUAUUUUCCCGAGUUCCUUCAUGGAGAGAUAGAUUUUGGAUUUGUUUGCUCUGCCAGUGAAGUUUGAACUACUAGUUUUAGGACUUCUCGGACGAACCAUUUGGACUAUUUUGGCUUAACUCUCUUAACUUAUUGUAUGAUAAAUGUGCCUGAAGAUUGCGUCUUGUAUAUUCGUUUUUAAUUAUUAUUCACUGCGACUUCUGCAUUCAUCAUUGUGAAAACAGAUGGCUUCGCAGGUAGUCCAUGCCAAACGGUCUCUUCAACAAACCUAUCGUUAUUUUAGGAGUCUA